GGGGGCGGUCAAUGUGUAUGCUCCUCCCUCUCGCAAUCUUCCCCGAGAUUUGGAGGCGGCUGUGCACGUUGUGACUCCUGAGACCCGCACUUCUCCUAUACGUUGUCAUACAGCCGGAGACCGGUCACCAUGGAAACUGCGGCCGCCGGGAAGAAAUCCGUUCUUCGUGCAUACAACACAAGAAAGCAAAGUAAAAUGAUCACAGAAGACUCUGGUUCAGACAGAAGUGCAUUAGAGCGAUUUCCACGUAAGGGGAAGGAUGGAGCCAAUUUCCAGGGCAUGGAUGAUGAUCAUUUAAAUGAAGCACUGUCUGGUAGUGAAGAGGAAGCUCCGCCACCAAAAAAGAGAAGCUUUGGACUGCGUAUUGCCCUGCAGUUUCCCAGCAAGAAGUGUGAGAUGAAGGAUAAGAACUCCUCCUCUAAAAUAAAAGCGGACAGAAAGAAAAUGGCUACUAAAAGGAAAAAUCCGACUAAAAGGGAAAAAAUUGAUCCUGAUUGUGAAGGGGAAAACGACAAGCCUAAUGUGGAAAACUCCAAUGCACUUCUUAAACGGGCCAUGAAUAUAAAGGAAAACAAGGCUGUGCUGGCCCAGCUACUUGCAGAACUUCAUUCUGUUCCUGACCUGUUUCCAAUUAAAUCUACUCCUCUGAAGCAAAAAAAGCCAAGCCGUAGAAGCUUUUCUGAAGGUCCGGUUGAACGACGCACUAAUCCCACAAGAAGCGCGCGACCGCCAGAGAACUUUGCAUUGGAAAAUUUUACCGCAUCUGCCAUGCAAUUCGCAGAGCAUCUCCAAAAAUAUGGAAAGAAGGCUUUUCAUAGGCGCCCUUUGAGUGAAGAGGAAAAAGAAGAGAUUCGGAAGAGGCGGAGAUCCUCAAAAUACAAUUACCGUUCAGUAGAAGAUAUCACAGAUGAGGAACUGGAGAAUGUCGCAGAUACUGUUAAAGACAAGGUUUACGACAAAAUAAUGGGAAGUACUUGUCAUCAGUGUCGCCAAAAAACUGUGGAUACAAAAACUUUCUGCCGCAAUCCUGGCUGUGGCGGGGUCAGAGGCCAGUUCUGUGGGCCGUGUUUACGAAAUCGUUAUGGCGAAGAUGUGAGAGAGGCACUUCUAGACCCUGAUUGGAUAUGUCCCCCAUGUCGUGAGAUCUGCAACUGUAGCUACUGUCGCAAGAGAGAUGGUCGGUGUGCCACAGGGAUGCUCAUUCACCUGGCCAAAUUUUCUGGUCAUGACAAUGUCAAAGAAUAUCUGGAAAGCUUACAAAAGCGGAUGGUAGAGGACGAGUGAAGAUGAAUUUCAGGGGGCUUUUCAUAUAAGAAUGGAUUUAUGCAUCCCGUAAACACAUCUGCCUUAUGUCAGAAUGUAGAUUCCCACAUCAUUCUAUUCCAAAAGUGCCAAUGCUAAGUAAAGUGAAUCUGUAUGUAUUAAAAUAUGGAAGCUUCCGUUUCUGACUUGGAUUGUAAAGUUGCAUGCAUCUUUACCCAAACUCUAAUUCUGAGCUAGUGAGUCACUGCCCUGAAACCAGUGAAGUCUGAACUCCCACCAUGCAUGCUUUUAUGGUAGGUAGUCCAGCCAUGGCCUAUAUGACAGUACUGGAGCCUACAUCUUUAAUACAAAGACUGCAGUGGCAUUGCCUAUAUUUCUGUGCUUACAGAUUCACUUCAAAUAUUAGUACUCACUCUGUUUAGCACCUUAUUCAUGAGCACAAUAAUCUUUUAGUCAAGCUGGUGUUUGUGCUGCCAUUGAGUUGUGAUGAACCCCUGAGCCCGCCGUAAAUGUGUCAUAAUAUCCUGUGACUGAUACAAAAACGUGUGAAAAGUGCUAGUAAGGCCUAAAGACCAAAUCAAUUUCCUUAGCACUGCGACAUUUGCCUGAUUUGCAGCUCUUAUUUCACUGUGCUGCACAUUUGAAAACAAGUCACAGCUGUAUACAGGACUUUUUUUUUUAUGGGUUUGGGUCGAGUUUUUAUUACAGUCUGUGUUAGUGCUGGGAAGUGUCACCUUCUUUGUCGUAGUAAUUGUCAUAAAAAAAAAGGGAAAUCCAAAACUUCACAAUUGUUACCAGAACAGGAAGUAAGGGGGAAUUUCCCCUCACUUCCUGUCUUGAAGAAAUAUGUGAGGGGAAAUCUAAACUAAUAACGUUUUGCCAUUUAGAUACAUUUCAUUUUGUUUUCGUACAUACUGUAAAUAUGGGGGGGGUUAGUAAAUGAUUCCAGUGCCAUGGUUUUCCUGAUCAUAAUACUAGAAGCUUGCUAUGUUUUUUCCUUUAUUAUUAGGGCUUUAAAGCUGCACCUAAAUGUCACUUUGAAUUUUAUAAAUUUGUAAUACUUUCAGCUUGGCUAAAGAUCUAGAACCCUUUGCUUACUUUGAAUGCGGCCGACUGUAAAUUCUAUAUGUUUUCUUUUUUAAUUUUUAUAUUUCUGUGAAAAAAAAAGUUUUAUACUGGUUUUAAAUUAGUUCUGUUUUUAAUAUUUUCCAAAUUUAGAGAAGGUAGUUUUUAAUGCAAUAGUUUUGGUAAAAUAGAAGCGGAAUUAUGCUAUGUUAAAAACGGCAAAGUAAUUGAAAUUAGCACUGUUGAAUUUCCAACCAAUAAACAGUUUAAUUUGC